AUGACCAAGGCUAAGACGCAGGCUGAUCCCACGCCCACCCCUACGCCCAAAUGGCAGUCCGUCUCGUGGCAGAAGAAGGACCAGCAGUUCGCCCGCAUACCUAGUCAAUGGCGCUUGCCGCAGCCACCGCCAUCAAGCGUGACAAACUAUCUAGGGCUGCCUCGCGAAUGUGGCCUGUUGACAGAGACAGAGCUGGACAUCACCGAAAACUAUGAUGCUACUGCUCUGGCAAGAGCAAUACGAGAAAGAAAACGGACGUGUCUGGACGUUACAACAGCCUUUUGCAAGAGGGCAGCAGUUGCCCACCAGCUCACAAACUGUCUGACCGAGAUCUUCUUCGAUGAUGCCUUGAAGCAGGCAGCCGAGCUGGAUGCUCACCUUGAUGCUGGCAAGCCACCUCUGGGCUUGCUGCACGGCGUUCCUGUGUCCUUGAAGGACAUGUUCAAUGUCCGCGGCUAUGACUCCUCCCUUGGACUCGCCGCACUGUCCUUCAAGCCAGCUUCACAUAAUUCAGUACUUGUAGACUUGCUGCUCCGCUCUGGUGCGGUGCUCUACUGCAAAACAAACGUGCCACAGGCUCUAAUGGCUUUGGACUCGCACAAUAAUGUCUUUGGCCGCACCCUCAACCCCAUCAAUACAGCACUCACUGCAGGUGGUAGCUCGGGCGGUGAAGGCGCUUUGCUUGCCAUGCGCGGCUCAGUCCUAGGUGUUGGUACAGACGUCGGUGGCUCGAUCAGAAUUCCCGCCAUGUGUGACAAGCUGUACGGCAUCAAACCAAGCGAUGGCCGUGUCCCUUACGCCCUCGUUGAAGGCGGCUCACUCCCUGGAGCGGCCAAAGUUGGACUACCGGCCAGCGCUGGUCCCUUGGCGCACUCUUUGCGGGACAUGGACCUCUUCUUCCAGGCAGUCUCCGACCAGAAGCCUUGGAAAUUUGAUCCUGAUGUCGUGCCGUCACCGUGGGGCACUGUACCCUCUGUUCCAGCAAGGAAAUUGAGGAUUGGUGUCGUUAGGCGAGAUGGUGUAAUCGAGCCACUCCCACCGAUCGCACGCUUGCUAGAUGAAGCAAAAAUCAAGUUGCAGAAGGCUGGGAUCGAGGUGGUCGAGAUGGACAUCGCUCCACUCUUCUCGCAAUGUCACUCCCUCGCGAACGCCUUGUUCAAUGUCGAAGGUGCGAACGCCAUGUUUGAUCUGCUGGAGUCUGCAGAUGAGCCAUUGUCGCCAUGGUUGUCGACUCGACUGAAACGAAGGAAGAUGGCGCGAUUCGAGAAGCUGCAAGAGCUGCACGGCAAGCGAGAGAGGCUGCGCAAAGAAUGUUUGCAGAUGUGGAGACACAAGUCGGGUGAAAUUGAUGCCUUCAUCUGCCCCGUCGCACCGCAUCCCGUCCCGCCAAUCGAUCGCUGGAACGGUGCGGGCUACACGAGUUCCUUCGUACUGCUCGACUACGCAGCAGGUACCAUACCGGUUCGGAGUUUCACCGAAGCUGAUAGGAAGGGCGAGAUGGAGAGCAAGCCUCUCGGCAGCUGGGACAAGGUUAACAGAGACCUAUGGACCGGCUUCGAUCGCACAGCCUACAUUGGCUCACCUCUGUGCGUUCAGGUCGUAGCGCCGAAGCUGCAGGAAGAGAAACUGGUACAGGCCAUGUCCGCCAUUGACGCAGCGCUCAGGGCGGAGGAACCGCUCUCCGCAAAGCUCUAG